GGCAUUUAAGACAAAGAACAUAGGGUGGCGGUUUGGCUGGUUUAGUAAAUGGAAAGAAAAUCCCGGUAAUCGUGCGAGAGAAAAUCGAGCUUUUCUCUUCCACCUUGCGCAGAACUCUUAUUGCAAAAGAACUCCUCUGCGACAAAUAUACUGCUAAAGCUAAAAAGAAAGUCCAAAGCUUCCCAAAACCCUAGAGAUGAGUGCAGCAAAAACGAAGAAGGGAGACACAACUGAGACGUCAAUGAGAAGGACGGAAGGCGACGAAGAAGGUUCGAGUGAAGCAAGAUUGCAGCUUGUGAGGAAUGAUAAAGGGAAAAGAGCAACACCACCAACAACAAAUGAAAACUACCAAGGUGGUAGAGUGAAGAGACUGAAAAAACAAACACAAGGGCAAGAGAGUGAUGACGACUUCGAGAUACAACCAUGCCAAGGUGGUGGUGAAAAUGAGGUUGUGAAGAAAAUGGGAAAGCAAAAUAUUAAGGAAAGCAUCAAAGAUGUGAAGUCAAAGUAUUUGACAAUACGUACAAGGUCUUCACCUAAUUUGCUUGUUAAAGCAAUGGGUAGGAUGACUGGUGCUCAGAAGCAAGCUGUAAAGAACAUUGGUUUUGGUUCAUUGUUUGAAAUGCAAGUUUCUGAAAUACCAGGCAGAAUGGG